GUGAUGAUGUCAUACAGUAUUAGCUCUGAUCAAAGGCUCGAUGUUUUAUCAUAUGGACAGGGCACAAAACACAGGCUCAUUACGAGUACGUUAAGACUUGAAGAUACCGUUAACUUUGUCCGAAAACCUUCAAACGCAACAAAGAGUCAUGAACUCGAAGAGUGUCCGGCAGAGGAGGUUUGCAAAGAGGUUGCCUGCAGAGGCAAGCGGUGUAGUGACAGGAGCGCCCUCAAAUGAGUGGAGAACUGUUCAUUUCAAUAUGCAGAAGCAACACCUUGAACAGGGAGAGCUUAACGCAAAGUACGAUGAGCGCAAACUGGAACUGGAAAGUUUGCAACAGCGCACAGAUGAGUUGAACGAGGAGAUCGAAAAAGUCAAGGUCUCAAAUGUCAGCUUUGAUGUGUAUCUCAAGACUCAAGAUGCUAAUCAAGCUGCUGAGACAGUAGAGAGGGAGAGGAAAGAGGUGCUUCAACUGGAGGCAGACAUAGAGAUGCUGAAGGUGGAGUCUGCUAAACUGAUGGAGAGGAAACAGGAGCAACAGCGUCAGGUGCAAAGACAGUCUGUUUAUCAAGACUGCAUGGAACAGGUGCAAAAAAUUUCAACCUUCGAUAAUGUGCAGUCACUCGCAAAGCAUUUGGACGGUCUUUUCCAUUUGAGAGACCAUUAUGUUAACACAAUGGGUAAGGGACAGGAUGCGGUACACGAGCAGGCAAACAAUCUGCAGAAGUUGCAAAACGAACAUGAAGACCUGUGUGUGUACACUGACACCCAGAUGACCGAGCUCAAGAUCGCGUUGAAGAAGGCGCGCCUUCAAGCAAGGAUAUGGGAUAAGAGGUGUCAAUCCAUUAGGAAAUCAGCAAAACGGAAAAAAAUUAAACUGGUAGAGAUAAAGAUGUCAACGCUCAACCUAUAUGAAAUGAUAGACGGAGUAGAAGCUGUUGAUAUCAAUGACACAGAGAAACAGCUGGAAGAGAUCGCAAUGUUCAUCAUGGACCAAAAGGACAUAUUGAAAAGAUAUACUUCCUCAGAGGCAGAGCAGAGAUGCAGCAGGACAGAGGCUGUGUCAAAAAACAACAUCGACAGCAAGGUAGUCUCACAUUUGGAGAAGAAAAAUGAGGUGGCGAAAGAUGAAGAAAUACUCCAAAGCCAAGAUGAACUGCACGUACAGGUGGAAAGACAGCAGGCAGAAAAAAAAGCUGAGUCGAGGAUUGUUGGGGAGGGGUCCAAAUACCACUCUGCAGAUACCAGGCAGCCAGUGCCCAGAUAUUCCAAGGCUAAAUCUGGGAAUGUUAAACAGCUGCAGGAUCAUGAUAAACUGGAGCUCAAAAAUGAAGAGACCAGGAUGUCUGACCUGCGACAGAUCAGCCGCUCCUCUAAGCUACCACCCAUCCGAAAUGUGCACAAGCAGCCCAAAAACAAAUGAUCUGGACCAGCCCGAUCUUUACGUAAGGGUUUACUCUGGGUGCUCCGGUUUGCUCCCACGCGCUUUAAAUUAGCAGUAAUAAUAAUUCAUAUAAAAAAACUCUAGUUCUGGCCAGAUCUUUACGUAAGGGUUUACUUCGGAUGCUCCG